AGCUUAAUUAAAUAUGCAUCUGCAAAAGGUGCGGAUAAAAUUUUACAGUUCUCUAAAAUGCUUUUCGAGUUGAUUUUAUUCACAAUAACAGUCCUUUUUAUUUGGGACUACGUCCACAAAAAGCGUCGUAAUGAUUUCAUGAGCAAAUAUAGAAUAUCUGGACCUCCAACUACGCCCAUACUUGGCAACGCCCUGUAUAUAAGAGAUUGGAAUGUGGAUAACCGCAUCGCUAAAAUGUUUGAAAAUUGUGCAAAAUAUGGCAAAAUACAUAGAUUUUGGGUGCUUCAUCAACUAACGAUUUUUAUAGCGGAUCCCAAAUACACGGAGAUCAUACUUAGUAGCCAACAACAGAUCACAAAAAGUAGAUUCUAUGACUUUCUGUUAAGUUGGCUGGGCCAGGGACUGCUGUUGAGCACAGGAAAAAAAUGGCAUUGGCGCAGGAAGGUAAUAACGCCCACCUUUCACUUCAAAAUACUUGAACAGUUUGUCGAGAUAUUCGACCAACAGAGUAGUGCAAUGGUGAAGAAGCUAAACGCGCAUGCUGAUGGGAAAACAGCGAUUAAUAUAUUUCCAAUCGUUUGCUUGACUGCAUUAGACAUUAUCGCUGAGACGGCGAUGGGUGUUAAGGUGCACGCGCAGGAAAAUCCAGAUAUUGAAUAUGUGCGCGCAUUAGCAUCUGCCGCAGCAACAAUGUCACAGCGCUUCCUAAAACCGUUUUGGCGCUUUGAUUGGGUCUUCCGCUUGGUUGCCAACAGCGUUUAUAAGCAAAUGCUGGAAGAUAUACGCGUCAUGCAUCAAUUUACGAAUAAAGUAAUCUUCGAGCGCCGCGCCGCAUUGGAAAAGCAAAAGCUGGAUAACACCAACGCUAACGAAGAUGUGGAUGAUGUCGGUAGUAAAAGGCGUAUGACACUGUUGGACGUGCUGCUACAGGCCUCACAGGAUGGUAAGCCAUUGAGUGACAGGGAUAUACGCGAGGAGGUCGACACAUUUAUGUUUGAGGGUCAUGACACCACCACAAGUGGCAUAUCAUUUUGCUUGUACUUGAUUUCUCGGCAUCCGCCAGUGCAACAAAAGUUGGUGGAGGAGAUAAAUCAGGUUCUUGGUCCAGACAAAACGCGGGCAAUUAAACUACACGAGCUCCAGGAGUUAAAAUAUUUGGAAUGCACAAUUAAAGAGUCGUUACGUUUAUUCCCAUCGGUGGUGACGAUCGGACGCGAGAUCACCGCGGACAUGCAAUUAGGCGACAUAGUACUGCCCGCCAAUACAAAUAUUUCCAUCCCACUCUUUAUUAUUUUGCGCGAUCCCGACUACUUUCCGGAACCGGAUGUAUUCAAACCUGAACGUUUUGCCAGCGACAGUGACAACAAAAUCAAUCCUUUUGCUUACACACCUUUCAGCGCGGGACCGAGAAACUGUAUUGGCCAAAAAUUCGCAAUUAAUGAGAUGAAAAGUAUGAUAAGCAAGAUUUUAAGAAAUUUUGAAAUACUGCCCGCUGAACCCGACGUGAAGCCCAUUAUAAGUUUGGUUUUGCGUUCGUCGACUGGUGUUAACGUUUGCUUAAGGCCAAGAACUGAUUAAUAGAAACAAGUUUUCAAAGUUUUUGUCAAUUGACAAAAAGAUAUAACCAGUUAAUUUAUAACCUCUACGAAAAGGUUUAAAACUUUUUUUUAAACAUUUGUUGUAAAUACGUAAUCAUUAAUUGUUAAUUUUUGCCAUUAUACGAAAGAUUUUUGAGCUGAAAGUUCUCUGCGCUCGAUUGGGUUUAAAUACAAACAUGGAUGUUACGAAAAAGCGACAAAAAUUAGAAGGAAUGAGACGGUUUGUGGUUAGGGUUGCCAGCCGUACUAUAAUAUAUAUUAAUGUACUAUUUUUUUGGCAU